ACAGCAGCCGGCUCCUCUUUCAAACCAACAGACACACACCACGCUCUACAUCCCACACACACACACAAAUGCCAGCACUCUCAUACACAUGCACUCCACUAACGAGAGCACCGUCAGUCCGAGCUGCCUGCCGCUGCCGGUGGCAGCCCUCACCGAUCCCCGAGACACAAAGCUGGGAGUCCGCUGGGAGAGGAGCUCCUGCUGCCUUCCUGGCACAAAGCAGAGGAGAGCGGAGAGCCAGGGACUUCAUUAGCGAGGGGGUAGAUAAUCCAACAGCGGUGCUGUGAGGAGAAGAGACAGAGAGGAGGGAAGGUGAGUGAAUGCAGUCCAGUUCAGCUGCUGUUGCUGCUGCUGCUACUGCUGCUGCUGCUGCUGGAGGAGGAAGAAGAGGAGGAGGAAGAAGCAUAUAUAGUGUCCGGAGAAGCUGGAGAGCAACAUUAUCCCGCACGGAACCACAGUCCGAGCAGACGGCCAGCAUUUGACCAGAGCACCUCCAGGCGUGCAGAUGUGGAUGGAGUCCUGUGCAAGUUCUAGUCCUGGGUGUCUGACGCAGUGAUUCAGGAGCAGAACGAACCAGUGAAAAGGAGAGCCAUGGGGGUGAGCCUGGGCCAGGAUGUAGGCUGGCUCCUGCCUUUCCUGUUCUUGCUACUGAUGGUCACAGUGUUACCCACGCAGGGUCAAGGAUGUCCACAGCGUUGUGAGUGCAUUUCAAAACUCAAGACUGUGUCCUGUUAUGGUAGACGCCUGUCCGCACUGCCAGAUGGCAUCCCACUGGACACCAAGACCCUGGACCUAAGUGGGAAUAAACUUCGCUGGGUAGAGCAUGGGGACCUUCUUCCAUAUUCACGUCUUGAAAAGCUGGACUUGAGUGAGAACAUUAUCAGUGUCCUGGAACCGAAUGCUUUUUCUAGUCUCCAGAACCUGCAGUCGCUUUCACUGAGGGGUAAUCAAUUGAAACUGGUCCCCAUGGGGGCUUUCUCACGUCUCUCCAAUCUAACCUCAUUGGACCUCAGUGGGAAUAAGAUUGUAAUUCUUUUGGACUUCACCUUCCAAGACCUGAAAAGUCUGAAAAACCUGGAAGUUGGAGACAAUGAUUUAGUUUAUAUUUCCAACAAGGCCUUUCUGGGUCUAGUUGGGCUGAGGGAGCUGACCAUUGAGAGGUGCAACCUGACUUCUGUGUCCAGCCAGUCUCUGUCUUACCUGCAUAACCUGGUGGCUCUGCGUCUCCGCUACCUCAGUAUCUCCACCUUAGAGGACCAGAACUUCCGCAAGCUGGGAAACCUGAGGGGCCUCGAGAUCGAUCACUGGCCCUUUUUGGAGCACAUUUCCCCUCACAGCCUGCAGGGUCUAAACUUGUCUUGGCUGUCGAUUACUCACACUAACAUCACCUCUGUGCCCACCUCUGCCCUACGCAGUCUGGCUCACCUCACCAGCCUCAACCUCUCCUACAACCCUAUCUCUGUGUUGGAGUCCUGGGCGCUGCGGGACCUUGUAAGGCUGAAGGAGCUGCAUCUGGUCAACACAAAUCUGGUGGCAGUGCAGCCGUAUGCGCUGGGUGGCCUAAGGCAAAUCAGCCUCCUUAACCUCUCCACUAACGGCCUGGUGUCCCUAGAAGAGGGAGCGUUUCAGUCUGUCAACACUCUGGAGACGCUGCGUUUGGACGGGAACCCUCUGGCCUGCGAUUGCCGCUUGCUGUGGAUCCUUCAGCGCAGGAAAACCCUCAAUUUCGAAAGCGCCUCCCCAGUGUGUAUGACGCCCGUCGAGGUGCAGGGACGGGCUCUGAACGCUUUCUCUGACUCAGCUCUCUUUGAUCACUUUACUUGCCAGAAGCCCAAAAUCCGCAACAGAAAGCUACAGCAGGUAACUGCCCGCGAGGGGCAGGUUGUGUCAUUCAUUUGCAAAGCAGAAGGUGAGCCGACACCGGUGAUAUUCUGGAUCUCUCCUCAACGCCGCCGCAUCACAACAAAGAGUAGCGGCCGCCUAACUGUGUUACCAGAGGGCACAUUAGAAAUACGGUACGCCCAGGUAACAGACAGUGGAACCUACAUCUGCAUAGCCAGCAAUGCUGGUGGAAAUGACACCUAUUUUGCCACACUUACAGUCAGUGGGCUGCCACUAGAUGCAGCCCUAAUGGCAAACCGCACGUACUAUGCUGGGGACCUUAAUGACACAAAUCUGAACGACACCAGAGUCUUCCUAAAGUUUACUCUGGACCUCAAGACCAUCCUUAUAUCCACAGCUAUGGGCUGUAUCAUGUUCCUGGGGGUGGUUCUCUUCUGUUUCAUUCUGCUCUUUGUGUGGAGUCGAGGGAGAGGGCAGCACAAGAACAAUUUCUCAGUGGAGUAUUCCUUCAGAAAGGUGGAUGGACCCGCUGCCAGUGGAGGACAGGGUGGGGCCCGCAAGUUCAACAUGAAAAUGAUUUGAUUAUUUGGAUCUGUUUCUCUCAUUGGUAUUCUUUCCCCGAUACUGUUUACAAGCAGUCAAACGCUCAAGGCACAGGAAACUGGAGUGGACCUUUUUGUGCUUGCAAAACAUUAAAUGCAGUUAUUUAUAGGAGGACAUUUUAUUGAGACAAGGUUUUGUUAUCGAAACUACUGUAUAUAUGAGAAGAUGGAAAUCUGCAUGGAUUUGACAUAUUUAUAUUACUUUGUUGUGUGUUCACAUUAUUGUGCAGUGGGAACCUGGAUUAUAAAGGUAUAAAGAUGUCUCCAAGUCUUGAAUAGACUAUUUAAAGACCAAGCAACAAAAUCACUCAGAGUCCCACCAGUCUUUAACCUCGACAAAUCUCUUGCCAACUCCAUCCUUCUUCCCUACAAGGAACUCUGUCCUCUUCACCUUUUGAAGGACUUCACCUCUCUGCUCCAUCUGAGGUGAUUCAAUCUCCAAACUCAUGAAUACAUUAUACCAGCGUGGUGCUCAAUGAAUGCCAAAGGACUUGCCAAUAUGUAUUUGAAUAGCUCCAGCUAUAUACUGCAUAUUUAGACGUAUUUACAGUCAGGACUUUAGAGCACUAUUGUGACAAAAAUAUAGAGGCUUUGCUGGGUUUUUUUCCGACGGUGGGUUUAUACAGAAUACGUUAGACACCAAGAGACACUGCAACACUGCCAAUUUGACCGUAAAGCACCAUGUAAUAUCAAUGCAAUGCUGUGGUAGAGAAGUGACUUCUCAUUGGAUACCACUACAAGUUGAUCAAAGCCGUUUUAAACAAAAACAGGACUCUACAUGUUAAGCUACACUUAAAGGACUCAAUGCACAUUUGUGUGGUGAAAAAUCAGUACAUGUGGAUGCACAAUAAGGUUUUCCAUUGGUUAUUCAGUACAUACCUUACACAACUCUCUUGAUCUGAAAAGAACUGUGUGUAAAAAGAUGAACGCAUGUACAAUGUUGGCUUCCUACUUUGUAUUAUUUGUAAAUUGAGCAUUUGUUGGGGUGCAUUCAUCCCAAAGUUGAAUAGAUCAUAUUGUAGGAUAUAUAUACUGUAUAAGAUGUAUUAUAUAUUUUGUAAACAUUGAUAUUGAAAUCCUUGUGGUUGUUUAUAGUACUGUUGAGUGAUCAAUCCAAUCUUUCUGUUGUACUGUAAUUCUAUUGUUAGUCUCUUUUUCAAAUCAUUGAUAUCCAGUCCACCCUAUCACGCAUCAGAUCACUGAGUUCACACAACAGAUCAUGAAGGGCGUUCACAUCAGGUUUCAGUUCACUUUCCUGUUUUUUGCUGUGUAAGUGACAGUGGAGAGGCUUAAGCUGACCAGUGGGGGAAGGAGUUAAGUGGGUUCUAGAUGUAUUUGAGACAAGCAGGGAAAAAUGCAAUUGUGAUAAAGAAACUUGCAGACUGGAACAAAGGUCAUAAUGAAACUGAGCCAGAGAAGAGACAUCACGACUAUAAUACAAUAACAAUAUAUAACAAUAUAUGCCU